GAGCCCUGCUGGCAUGUGGAACUGUGGGGCUGCCCCUACCCCACCCCCACCCCAUCCCCGCGGCCACCUCCCUCCUUCCCAGCCUGGGCUCUGGGGUGACCUCCUGUGGGCAGGAGGGCUGGUGAGUGAACAUUCUUGCAGCUUCCGAGGACCACUGGGCUGGCAUUUUGCGACCCUCCCCCUCUGCUGUUCCUGCCUCUCUUCCAUGUGCCCAGGGCAUCUGGGGACCCUGCCCAGCUGGUUCAAGGGGCUGGGUGGGGGGCCUGGCAUGAACCUGGCCCCCAGGGGAACUGAGACUAGGGUCCCAGCAUGGCCCAGAAGCCUUUGGCCACAAGGGGUGCGGUCAUUUGGGGCUGGGGCAGGGGGUCAUUGCAGGACGAGAUGGUUGAAUGCUGUAUUUUUUAAAGAAUAAAAUAUUUUUAAAUCAACAACUGAGUCUGACCCUGAGGGACCAUCUCUAGCACUGGGAAUGGGGAAGCCCUGAGCAUAGAACUGUCCCCUCCCAAUGCAGAAGGGGCCUGUUGGCCUGCUAGGUAGAGCCCCAGCCCUCCUGGCUGCAGAUGUGUGGGAGAACCUGUGUUCCUGUGUAUGAGGGCACAGCGUGGAGAGGCCGGCUUGUCGAUGGGAGCUCCAUCCAAGAGGCAGGCACACCUCUGCUGUGAUAUGGGGGAUCUGGGUGGCUUCGUUUUCUGUGGCUGCUGUAACAAAGUACCACAAACUUAGUGGCUUAAAACUACACAUUUAUUCUCUCACGGUUCUUAAGUCUGAAAUGAGUCUUACAGGGCUAACGUCACAGUUUUAGCAGGGCUGUUUCCUUCUGGAGGCCUCAGGGGAAUCCAUUUCCUCACCUUUUCCACCUUCUAGAGGCCGGUUGCAUUCCUUGGCUUGUGGCCCCUCCAUCUUCAAAGUCAGGGGCAUAGCAUCUUCUCUCUGAUUCUGCUUCCCUCUGCUUCCGUGGUCAUAUGGCCAUCAGUAGUCAAAUCCCCUCUGCCUCUGUCUUAUAAGGACAUUGUGAUUGUAUUCGGAUAAUCCAGAAUACUCUGCCCACCUCAAGAUCCUUAACUUAAUCCCACCUGCAAAGUCUCUAUCACGUAAGGGAACAUAUUCACAGGUUCCGGGGAUUAGGACAUGGACCUCCUUGGGGGCCUGCCACAGUGAGUAAGCUCUGUCCACUAGGUUUCCCGGCUGCCGUGGGGCUGAGGCAUGGUGGCUGUUUCCGUGGACCUCUGGAUCUUGGUGUCUCCAGCCUGUGUGUGCAUGUGCAGACUUCACUGUCAGCUCAUUGGCCCUCUCUCGGGUACCUGCGUUCUGCCCCGAAGGGCCUGGGUUUCUGGUCCCAGGGAGUCUGGGAGAAUCUCCCUCAGGCUUGGGAUUCAGCAGGAACCAGAACUUCAUUCUCUGCUUCUGAGAAGUGGGUGGAAGACCCCUCCCGUCCUGGGUGGGAGUUGUGCAGGGGUGGGGACAUGUGGGGCUGAUGAUGGAUUCAGCUGCUGGAUGGGCACCGUCCUUUUUCUUGAGAGUGCAUCUUGGACUGGGACUCAGGGCAGUAUCCCAUCCCUGGGGCCUCUCUCAGCCCCUACUAAAGCCCUUAUUUAUUUAUUUUUAAAAUUUAUUUAUUUAUUUAUUUAUGGCUGCAUUGGGUUUUCGUUGCUGCGCGCAGGCUUUCUCUGGUUGCGGCGGGCAGGGGCUACUCUUCUUUGUGGUGCAUGGGCUUCUCACUGCAGUGGCUUCUCUUGUUGCGGAGCACGGGCUCUAGGCUCGCGGGCUUCAGUAGUUGCAACACACAGGCUCAGUAGUUGUGGCUCGUGGGCUCUAGAGCUCAGGCUUAGUAGUUGUGGCUCACGGGCUUAGUUGCUCCAAGGCAUGUGGGAUCUUUCUGGACCAGAGCUCAAACCCGUGUCCCCUGCAUUGGCAGGCGGAUUCUUAACCACUGUGCCACCAAGGAAGUCCUAAAGCCCUUAGAAUUGUAGGGAGGAGAGCUGGAACCCUAGCCAGAACCCAGAGAAGGAGACCUGUCCUUUCCCACCCCAAACACUGGUUCUCAGGUGAGCAGGAAGACAAUGCCAUCACCCUCAGACUGCUAAAGCACCUGGGCCUGUGCACCAGCUGGACGCCUGGCAGCUUGGCGCCUGCCUACCAUGACACCCAUCCAGAGGUGGGCACAGAGAAGCUUCCCCCUCCCAGCAGAAGCCCUGUUUGUUCAUUCAUUCACUCAUUCAUUUAACCAUCACUCAGAAACACUCUCUGCCUGCCCAGGGCUGAGUGCUGGAGACCCAUGGAUUCAGCAAAUAUUGAACACUUACUAUGUGCCGGGUACUGUGCUGGGCUCUGGGGACACGGACAAAGAGAUCCUUGCCCUCAAGUAGCUGACAUUCCAGCAGAAGAAUAAGAGAAUAUACAAGAAACCAUGAAAAAUCAGUAUUAUGCUGUGUUAGCAGGUAAAAACUGUUAAGGACAAAUUACAUAAAAGAGCUCAGGAAUAUCCGAUCUGGGGUAGGGUGUUUAUAAGAAUGUCAGAGAAGGCCUCAUUGAGAGGGUGAUGUGUGAGCAGAGAUGUAAAGGUGGUGAGGGAGGGGGCUAUGUGAGUGUCUGGAAAAAGCUUCAAGAAAGAGGGAACGGGGACUCCCUGGUGGACCAGCGGUUAAGACUCCAUGCUCCCAAUACAGGGGGCCCAGAUUUGAUCCCUGGUCAGGGAACUAGGUCCCUCAUGCCGCAACUAAAAGAUCCCGCACGCCACAAUGAAGAUCCUGUGUGCCACAACUAAGACCCAGCGCAGCUAAAUAAACAAACAGCACAUUCAAAGGCCCUGGGGCAGGAGAGUACAUGGGUGUGUUCAAGCCACAGCUAGAAGGCCAGUGGCUGGAGACUGGUCAGGGAGGCAGUGGGAGGGCAGAUACCAUAGGACCUUGCUGGCUAUGAUGUAGACUGGCUUUGACCCCAGAAAGGGCCAUGGGGGCGUCUGAGCAGAGGAGGGACCUAAUGUGACCUAGGGGUCUAAUGAGAAUAAGCUGUGGGGCUUGAGAGCAGAAUCAGGACAACCCUGAGGAGGCGAUGACUGCACUGGUCUAGGCAAGAGGUGCUGGCGGCGCAGACCAGGCUGGUGGACGUGAAGGUGGGGGGCAACGGGCAGACUCUGAACCUGGAGCCAGCAGGACUUGCUGAGGGUCCUGGGUCACCUUGAGGCUUUGGGCCUGAGUGAUCUGUUACGAUUACCUGGGUCAGAAGGAUCGUGUGAGACGAGCUUCAGGGGAGGAUGAGCCAGGAGGUCCCAGCUGGUCCAGCCAUGGGGUUUGUUCUCUGAUGGUGUGUUGGGAAUGCAGAGGAGGCCCUGCUUCUAGAGGAAGUGGCAGCUGCAGUGGGGCAGGUGAGCCUGGGCAAGGCCAGUGCUACCCCCCAACCCUGUAUGCCAGGCCUGGCAUGGCACACAGCCCUGGGGAUGGGGCCGCAGGGCAGGAAAGGGCAGUGUGGGAGCUGCUGGCCUGAGAGUGCUGCCUGGGGGCAGGGGCUGAGCAGGCCCUGGCAUGGGUGUCAGCAGCCCACCCAGGUCUGGCACUGCCCCUAAUUCCACUCUCUCACUGACCUUAGACUGGACUCUGGGCGGUUGUUUCUCCCCAGACUUCCCAGAGGACCGGUGUGAGGCCCAUGUGGGAUGUGGCGGAUUCUUAGGACAGGCUGUGGAGAAGGGGGUGGGGGGGAGAGUGGAAAGAGGAAGAGGUGAAGGGGCCGGCUGCCGCCUGACUAUGCAAAUGGCCUCUGACUCAUUGCAACCACCCCGCCCCCCCGACACCCCUGGCCUGGGCGUGGGGUGAGGGAAGGAGGGGGACUCGCAGCGUAUUGCAAAAUUCUCACUUCCUCUGUUCCCCAAGCCGUCACCACGGGAAGGGGCUGUGAGUGCGAAGCAUCCUUCCCUGCAGCUGCUGCCUAGUCUGCCAGCCAGACCCUCUGGAGAAGCCCCCAUUCCCUGUCAUGGGCCCCUGCCGUGCCUGGCACCCCCUUUCUCUCCUGGUGCAGGCGGUGGCACUGGCUGCAGCCCUGGCCCAGGGCACCCUGCCUGCCUUCCUGCCCUGUGAGCUCCAGCCCCACGGCCUGGUGAACUGCAACUGGUUGUUCCUGAAGUCCGUGCCACACUUCUCGGCCGCGGCGCCCCGGGCCAAUGUCACCAGCCUCUCCUUGCUCUCCAAUCGCAUCCACCACCUGCAUGACUCUGACUUCGCCCACCUGUCCAGCCUACGGAUCCUCAACCUCAAGUGGAACUGCCCGCCGGCCAGCCUCAGCCCCAUGCACUUCCCCUGCCACAUGACCAUCGAGCCCAACACCUUCCUGGCCGUGCCCACCCUCAAGGAGCUGCACCUGAGCUACAACGGCAUCACAACUGUGCCCGCCCUGCCCGGGUCCCUCGUGUCCCUGUCGCUGAGCCACACUAACAUCCUGGUGCUAGACCCCACCCACUUCGCCGACCUACACUCCCUGCGCUUUCUGUACGUGGACGGCAACUGCUACUACAAGAACCCCUGCCACCGGGCACUGGAGGUGGCCCCGGGCGCCCUCCUUGGCCUGGGCAACCUCACGCACCUGUCGCUCAAGUACAACAACCUCACGGAGGUGCCCCGCCUCCUGCCCCCCAGCCUGGAGACCCUGCUGUUGUCCUAUAACCACAUUGUCACCCUGGCGCCCAAGGACCUGGCCAAUCUGACCGCCCUGCGCGUGCUCGACGUGGGUGGGAACUGCCGCCGCUGUGACCAUGCCCGCAACCCCUGCAUGGAGUGUCCGAAGCACUUCCCCAAGCUGCACCCCGACACCUUCAGCCACCUGAGCCGCCUCGAGGGCCUGGUGUUGAAGGACAGUUCUCUCUACAGACUGGACAACAGAUGGUUCCGUGGCCUGGGCAGGCUCCAAGUGCUAGACCUGAGUGAGAACUUCCUCUAUGACUGCAUCACCAAGACCACGGCCUUCCGGGGCCUGGCCCAGCUACGCAGUCUCAACCUGUCCUUCAAUUACCACAAGAAGGUGUCCUUCGCCCACCUGCACCUGGCGCCCUCCUUCAUGGGCCUGCUCUCCCUGAAGGAGCUGGACAUGCAUGGCAUCUUCUUCCGCUCGCUCAGCGAGACCACGCUCCAGCCGCUGACCCACCUGCCCAUGCUCCAGAUUCUGCGUCUGCAGAUGAACUUCAUCAACCAGGCCCAGCUCAGCAUCUUUGGGACCUUCCCGGGCCUGCUCUACGUGGACCUGUCAGACAACCGCAUCAGUGGAGCUGCGAGGCCGGCAGCCACCGUGGGGGAGGCGGACAGUGGGCCGAAGGUCUGGCUGCCAUCCAGGGACCUCGCUCCUGGCCCACUGGACACCCUCAGCUUGGAGGACUUCAUGCUAAGCUGCAAGAACUUCAGCUUCACCUUGGACCUGUCACGGAACAACCUGGUGACGAUCCAGCCAGAGAUGUUUGCCCGCCUCUCGCGCCUCCAGUGCCUGCGCCUGAGCCACAACAGCAUCUCGCAGGCGGUCAACGGCUCCCAGUUCGUGCCGCUGACCAGCCUGCGGGUGCUGGACCUGUCCCACAACAAGCUGGACCUGUACCACGGGAGCUCGUUCACGGAGCUGCCGCGACUGGAGGCGCUGGACCUCAGCUACAACAGCCAGCCUUUUAGCAUGCAGGGAGUGGGCCACAAUCUCAGCUUCGUGGCCCAGCUGCGCUCCCUGCGCUACCUCAGCCUGGCGCACAACGACAUCCGUAGCCGUGUGUCCCAGCAGCUCUGCAGCACCUCGCUGCAGGCCCUGGACUUCAGUGGCAAUGCCCUGGGCCAGAUGUGGGCUGAGGGAGACCUCUAUCUCCGCUUCUUCCAAGGCCUGAGAAGCCUGGUCCUGCUGGACCUGUCCCAGAACCGCCUGCAUACCCUCCUGCCACGUACCCUGGACAACCUUCCCAAGAGCCUGAAGCUGCUGCGUCUCCGUGACAAUAACCUGGGCUUCUUCAACUGGAGCAGCCUGGCUCUCCUGCCCCAGCUGGAAACACUGGACCUGGCGGGAAACCAGCUGAAGGCCCUGAGCAAUGGCACCCUGCCAUCUGGUACCCAGCUCCGGAAGCUGGACCUCAGCAGCAACAGCAUCGGCUUCGUGACCCCCGGCUUCUUUGUUCUCGCCAAGCGGCUGGAAGAGCUCAACCUCAGUGCCAACGCCCUCAAGACAGUGGAGCCCUCCUGGUUUGGCUCCCUAGCGGGCACCCUGAAAAUCCUAGACGUGAGCACCAACCCGUUGCACUGUGCCUGUGGGGCGGCCUUCGUGGAUUUCCUGCUGGAGGUGCAGGCUGCCGUGCCCGGGCUGCCCAGCCGAGUCAAGUGUGGCAGUCCGGGCCAGCUCCAGGGCCGCAGCAUCUUCUCACAGGACCUGCGCCUCUGCCUGGACGAGGCCCUCUCCUGGGACUGUUUUGGCCUCUCCCUGUUGGUGGUGGCCCUGGGCCUGGCUGUGCCCAUGCUGCACCACCUCUGCGGCUGGGACCUCUGGUACUGCUUCCACCUGUGCCUGGCCUGGCUGCCCCGACGGGGGCAGCGGCGGGGCGCAGACGCCCUGUUCUACGAUGCCUUUGUGGUCUUCGACAAGGCGCAGAGCGCCGUGGCCGACUGGGUGUACAACGAGCUGCGGGUGCAGCUGGAGGAGCGCCGUGGGCGCCGGGCACUCCGCCUGUGCCUGGAGGAGCGUGACUGGCUACCCGGCAAGACGCUCUUUGAGAACCUGUGGGCCUCGGUCUACAGCAGCCGCAAGACCCUGUUUGUGCUGGCCCACACGGACCGGGUCAGCGGCCUCUUGCGUGCCAGCUUCCUGCUGGCCCAGCAGCGCCUGCUGGAAGACCGCAAGGACGUCGUGGUGCUGGUGAUCCUGCGCCCUGACGCCUACCGCUCCCGCUAUGUGCGGCUGCGCCAGCGCCUGUGCCGCCAGAGCGUCCUCCUCUGGCCCCACCAGCCCAGUGGCCAGGGCAGCUUCUGGGCCCAGCUGGGCACAGCCCUGACCAGGGACAACCGCCAUUUCUACAACCGGAACUUCUGCCGGGGCCCCACGACAGCCGAAUAGCACAGAGCAACAGCCAAGCAUGCCUCAUUUCCCCCCCGUCUACUUGCCUCUCUGCCUGGGAUGCCCCAACCUGCCUUGCUCUGCGAGACCGCUGCUCUGCCUCCCCCUCCUCCCAGCCCCCUGACAUAUAACAGGCACUUAAUAAAUGCUACCGGAGGGCCAA